GUUUAGGUGAAUCCAAACUUUUUUCGUGUGCUAAGAAAUCUUCAGGCCCUUAUAAUGGUGGAUAUGCAGCUGGGCCCUAAACUUGUUGAACUAGUUUGUUCACAAUUAGGAGGCACCGGAAUCCAGAUGCUGUUAUUAAUUAAUGUACAACUGUCAAAAAUACAUAAUACAACAUUUAGUGGAUUAUCAGACACAAAUCUGACAUAUUUGGACAUCUCUAAAAACAGCAUGUCCCAGAUAGAUAAAGACGCAUUUGUCCACCUCCCUCAUUUAGAGAUUUUAAAUUUGGAAAGUAACCAAGUUACGGUUUUAAAUCAAUACACUUUUCAUGGUUUGUCAGGAUUGAAGACUUUGAAUUUAAAAAACACUUUGAAAGAGUCAAAAAUUGAUGACCUGUCGUUUCAGUGGUUAAAGAACCUUGAAUACCUCAAUAUUGAUGGCAACAAAAAUUUAAACUUUACAGAAAAUACUUUUAAUGGGCUCACAAGUCUGAAAAAUUUGAGCAUGGUAAGGUGCUCCAUGAAUUUGGAGAGUGUUACAAAUAAAACAUUUAUAUCCCUUUCAAAGUCUCCUUUGCUGGAAUUAAAUCUCUCUGAUGCUGGGAUAGCAAAAUUAGAAUAUGGAGCAUUUUCUGGUCUAAGACGUCUUCAAGUCCUUGAUUUGGGUUUUAACAGAAUCGACCAGGAACUUACUGGAGAUGAAUUUUUAGGUCUCUUCCAAAUCAUACUGAUAUACUUAUCUUACAACAAUCACAUAACACUGACAAGUAAUUCCUUUAGUUCUAUUCCAAGUCUUAAGAAGUUAAACCUUAGAAAAACUAAACUUACAUUUAGAGAUCUCAAACCAUCUCCUUUUAAAGGCCUACAAAAUCUAACCCAAUUGGAUCUGGGCAACAACAAUAUUGCAAACAUAGAGGAAAACCAAUUCAAAGAUCUUUCCAGUCUCAGAAUUCUCAAUCUACAGCACAACAACCUGGCUCGAUUAUGGAAAAACGCUAACCCAGGAGGCCCAGUUUUGUUCCUAAAAGGAUUACAUAAUUUAGAAAUACUCGACCUGUUAUCUAAUGGCUUUGAUGAAAUACCUCCAUCAGCUUUUCAAGGACUGUCCAACUUAAGGAUAUUGAACUUGGGAGAAAACAAUGUAUAUAUUCUUCCCAAAUCUUUAUUUGAUGAUCAAAUAUCUAUUUAUCAGUUAGAUUUGCAUAAAAAUCUCAUAACAUCAGUUGAAAGACAAAUGUAUGAAAUAGUUUUCAGUAGCAUUAAAAUAUUAGACAUGAGUGGAAAUCCUUUUGAUUGUACUUGUGAAAGCAUAGCUUGGUUUGUAAAUUGGAUUAAUACAACUAAUGCUACUAUACCAGGCUUGGAAACUCAAUAUACAUGUAAUACACCACGCAAAUAUCAUGGAAUUUCUGUUGAACUCUUUGACAACUCACCCUGUAAGGAUACAGCACCUUUAAAAAUGUGUUUUAUAUUCACAUUCACGUUGAUAGUCUCUUUUAUACUUCUAGUAUUUGUGAUAAAUUUCCAAGGGUGGAGAAUACAAUUUUAUUGGAAUGUUUCCAUCAAUAGAAUUCUUGGCUUUAAAGAAAUUGAUCGAAAAGGAGAGAACUUUCGUUAUGAUGCUUAUAUAAUUCAUGCCAAAAAGGAUAUGCCAUGGGUUGACGACAAUUUGAUUCCACUUGAAAAGGACAAAGUCUUUCCCUUUCAGUUCUGCUUUGAGGAAAGAGAUUUUGAAGGUGGAAAAUCACAACUUACAGAGAUUGUCAACAGUAUAAGAAAAAGUAGAAAAAUCAUUUUUGUGAUAACGGAGUACUUCCUGGAUGAUCCUUGGUGCAGGAGGUAAGCUUAAUUUAUAGUUUAUUUUUUUUCAAAUAUAUCUUAAUUGGAGAACCACUAGUUUCAUACAACAUUACCUCACUGAAAAAUACAGGUUGUGUUUCAGACACCAUGCUUUUAGUUUUAAUAUUCCAUCUUAACGGGUUAAUUGGGAGAUCUAAGCAAAGAGAAACAUAACCAGAUAUAUUGCAUGCUAUGAAAGGUAAAUGAAGGUAAUUAAAGAUAUACUAUCUUGUAGUGGGUGAAUUUCCAUAGGCAACUUUCUAAAGAGCCUCACAAUUGUAAUUAAAACAGUGCAAAGACUUGUGAGAGAGGUUGAGGUAUUACUUAGCGGAACACCACCUUUCAAGUACAUUUUUCGUUGGACCUAAAUGUAAAUACAUACCUGUCUUUUAUGUGACAAACACAAGGAGCAGGUGGUUAUUGCUUAUUAGCCAUAUCAAUGUAACUUGGUUAUCUCAUGCACCCAGUCAUGAUCCCAGUGUUUAAAUGCAUGCCUCUAAAAGGAACACUGUAGUCACCCAGACCACUUCAUCUCAAGCAAGUGCUCUGGGUGCAGUGUCUCUAUCCCCUUAACCCUGCAAUGUAAAACAUUACAGCUUUUAAGAUGCUGCAAUUUUUACUUUACAGAGAUAAGUCCUCCUCAGUAUGACAGUCACUAGAGCAAGCAUGUCAAACAUGCGUCCCCCACAAUGAGUAUCUGUGCAGCCCCUAGGGCCAGACUGGCUUACCGGGAUACUGAGUGUAGUGUAUUAGAGUGGCGGGAGGGGGACAAUGCAUUAAAUUGGGGGGAGGGACGUGGGGCAGUGUAUUAGAGUGGGGGGCAGUGUAUUAAAUUGGAGGGAGGGGAAGCAGUGUAUUAAAUUAGAGUGGUGGGAGUGGGGGGCAGUGCAUUAGAUUGGGGGGGGGGCAGUGUAUUAAAGUGGGAGAGUGGGGCUGCAGAAGGCUGUGAAUUAGACUGGGGGGCAUAGUAAGAAACAUGAAGUUAAACUUUUAAGUAAAUUAUAUACAUGUACCCAGGAUUACAUAUUGUUUGCAUGAAAAUAAUACAAGUAAUUUUAGUUUGUGUUGGUCUAGGUCAAACUUAUUUUUUUGCGGCCCACAUAAACUUAAACCUUGUUUAUUUGGGCUGUGUUAGUCUUUGAGUUUGACAUGCUUGCACUAGAGGCUCUUCCGUUGCACAGACCAAGUAAAACUCAGUCACUUGACAUGAAAGUCCCCAUAAAAAAUCAUUGAAUCAAUACUUUCCUAGUCUAAGAUUCCAUGCACGUGCACAUGCAGUACUUGAUGCGCAUGCAAAUUAGGACCCUAAUGCUCCUCUAUUAGGGACAUUGGAUUGGACCAUCGCAGAGGGGGCCAUGCCUCCUUAUUGAUGCCGCAUGAGGUGAAGGGGUAAGCAGCAAUGAGGGAGCAGUGAGAGAGUGCUGGAAAAAGGUAAGUAAAAUAGUUUUUUAAUUUUAUUGCAAAUGGGGGGGGGGAGGGGCACCGGGGCAGAACUUGGGACAAAGACAUUAUAGCAUUCAGAAUACAGGUUUAUAUCGCUAACGCUAUAAUGUUCCUUUAAAGGAAAGUCACUAUACUAUGCUUACAUUUCACAUCCCAAGAGCAAUUUAUCAAUACACCUACUCUCUUGUUUUUGCUUACCAUAGCUUUAAACUAUAACGCACAUACUGAAAUAUGAAAAAGGUUCUACAUUUAAAUAUCAGAUAUAUACUAUUUAACCACUGAACACAAGAGGUGCUGAGUAAAGCAUUGUGUUGUAAGAAAAACACAAGCAUUGCCAAAACAUUCAUUACUGUUCAUAUUUAGUGGAGCCGUGUAGAUCAUAUGAAAGUAUUUACAGCACAUUGAAUAAACCUAGCUCAUCUAGUAUUGUAGAGCAACAUAUUCAAGUUACUUAAAUGAUUCAGUGGACCCCAUGUAACGUGAAUUUAAUGAAAUUGUUGGAAUCUCUGGAUAAGACUUUGAUGGGUCAUCUGAGCUUAAAAGUAAAACUUGGUCACUUGGAAGCCCCGUAGGAAAGCAUUGAUUUAAUCAGUGACUGAACUAACGUACAGAGGGCCCUGGUGCAUGAAUUGUUUUGGGUCCCCUUAUUGCAGUGGUGGCCUAAAGGUAGAUCCCUAUCUGUCAUACAUCUCCUACAAUGCUUUGACAGCUGGGAAUCCACCAUUUCCCCACGCUUGCGGGAUUGUAUUUAGCACUGAGCAGUGUUUGUAUGUUUGAAUGUAAGCAUGUUUUUAUAUGCAGUGUGUGAAUGUAGGGAUGUGUUAUAUGUAGUGUUGCCAUUUGAAUGCAAGCAUGCAUUUAUUUGUAGUCUUGGUUUUUAAAUGCAGGGGUGUUUUUAUAUAUUAUUUUUUUGUUUGCAUGCCUUUUACUGUGUGUUCUGCAUUGUGGGUUGGUUUCCAUGUCAGCUCAUUUUGACUUUUUUCUGACCUCCAGAACAGAUUAAUUGGUUUUCAAUACAUUCCUAUGGGAAACCGCAUUUCGGUUUACAAAUUUUUUACAAUAAGAGAAGGCAUUUAAUUCAUAAACCGAGGUACCACUGUACAUUACAAGAUGAUCAGACAUUUAUACUCAAAUAUGUCUAACAUACAUAUUAAGCCUCUCCAAUGCAGUAUAUGAAAAUGCGCAUUUUUGUUAUUAAUAUGCAUUUAUAUUGUGACAAACCCCUGGAAUUUCCCUUGUCCCAAUUAUUUCCCUGCAUUCUGUAGAUUGCCUACCACACUGGCUCAUUUAACUUCAAAGAAAAACACUCUCUGGUUGAACAGGAUAGCCGGGGAUAACCCUCAACUUCUGCACUAGAGCCUGGCCCUUCCACCCUACAAUUUUAUCAUGCAAUACAGGUCAGACAAACAGAAUGGCAAUGCAGAUGGAUUAUCCCGGCAAACCAAACUGGAGCCUUAAUUUAUCCUCCUGGAUAUCCCAAGCCAACCUGUUGGGGUCUAGGCAGGUAUGCCGUACCAUGGAACUGGGGGGAUCAAUGUGACAAACCCCUGUAAUUUCCCUUGUCCCAGUUAUUUUCCCUGCAUUCGGUUAGAUUGGCCUACAAAACACCGACCAACCCUCUCAUUUAACUUCAAAGAAAACCUCAAAGUUAAGUGCUCUCUCUUUGUGGCCACCAUUCGUAUAACCGAACAACACGUACACUGGAAAACAGCAAGCAUCUUGUCUCCCGAAAGCAGGCAGCGCUACUUGGUCGUCAAGUGUCUGGAACUCUAAAGCAAACACUUGACUCCGCAAACACUGGUGAUUAGGUACGAACACUUGCUUCUUUUCAUGACAAGCCAGGAGAGCACUGCUCGGUAGGAUUGUUCGCACAAACAAGGGGAACAAUCGCUACUCAUGAGCCAGGGGAACCAUUUGACUUUUGAUUCAUUUUGGAACUCCCGAAGGUCUUUACCCCAGUGGCGAUUCGGUAGUGUUUGUGGGAUCUGAGCUCUAUUUGGAUAUGUUGGGCGCUCAGAUCCAGGCUAUACGGGGAUAUAAUACUUGUGGGGGUUCCUAUGUAUGUUAUAUGUAUUUUGGGGUGUUUUAUAUUUUGUAUGUUUUAUAUUUUGUGUCUGGGAGAAAAUUAGGUUAAGCAAAGUACACUCAAUUAUCUCCCAGACACAGAGACUCUGGGGCGUGUUUUACCAAACUUUUGCUUAAGACCCCAUGCUGGGGAUCUGUGUAUAAAAGUGGGCCAUAAUAAAAAUUUCUGUUGUACCCUUCAUCACGUCUCGACUGAUGUUUGGUUAUGUGAACGAAGAAGAGCUUGAUUUUAACCACGGUCUACUGGGAUUUCGGGAGAGUACUAACAAGCGUACUAUGCAAGCGACUAUAAUCACUCAAGCCUCUAGCAUUUCGGGAGUGUGAGAAUGAACGUACUUCAUGAAGUACAAGGGGUUUGUUACAUAUAUCUUAUGUCAAAUAUUGUUAUAAAAAACUGUCAAGGUAGGGAGGGUAACACCACGCAGAGCUUAAAUCAAUGCUACUCUGAUAGCAUAAAACAGGAACAGGCAUGCUACCAGUCCUUAGAAUGGCCAGGCUUAAUGCAGUGCCUAUAGUAAGCAAAAAUAACGGAGUCAAGAAACUAGCCAAAGUCAGGGGACUAAAAAAUACACAAAAAUUUAUUGUCAGGCUGAUUCUAGGAGUACAGUUAUCAGAAUAGUUAAUCAAACCGAGUGGGUAUACCAGAGGGAAAAAAAAAACCCAUAAACACACUAUUUGGAAUUAGAACAAAACCGCAACAGGGCUCUGUGAAGAGUUAAUAAAUAUGGCAUUAAUAGCUAGGCCUGUACACUGAGAAUAAUCAGUUGCAUCUCUGCCAAAUAACACAGGACUAGUUGCCUCUGAUUGUUUCUGUGAUACCUUGCUACAAAAGGCACAAUGGAGCAGUGUUCUGCAUAAGAAUUAACACCAAUGUAAUGGAGGUGUUAGUUAUGUAUCAGGAAAAAGACUCUAGAAGCUUGUGAGAAUGCAACAUUAUGCUUUACUUAUGGGUAUAAAACAGCAAGCAUUUAGAACACCCCAAUUACUUAAAAACAUCAACGUGCACAAAGAAUAAGGGAGGAGGUAGAGAGAGCUACAUGCUGUUGUAUUUCCUAACAAGAGGUUAGAGCAAAUUCAGCAUCAAGAUUAAUGCAGGUCAGUACUUAAAGGGACACUGUACUCACUAUAAACGUUUAAUCUAUUUGAAUUGGUUAUAGUGCCUUGAGACCCCAGGUAUUAUUCCUCCACUCAGCGUUAAAUCAUUUUAGCAGUUUAAUACUUAAUAAGGCAUCAAGGCCUCUCACAGUCCGGACCCUUCUGGAGGCGUGGCUAAAGCAGAGAUCACACACUUCCUUGUAGUCAUACCCUUUAUACCGUCAGUUGGAGCUUUGAUAGGCUAAAGCCAGUCAGCUGACAACUAUGCUGUACUGCUCAGACUAAUACUUCCUCAUGAGCCAAAGCAGCACAGAGGGGAGGGGCUGCUGGGGACUACUAAAAUUAAUUCCUCUAGUCAUUUCCUCUUGUAAUUAAGUGAACCAAAGUAGUCCCUGAUUCUAUAUUUAAUUUAUUGUAAAAGAAUGAAAUAAACCUCGUUUCAAGAAAGCCAUUUAGACAUACACAUUCAAAGGCUGUGAAAGCCUGCUCCCCAGCAAGGAAUAUUUCUGGGUUUGGGGCUUUAAUUUAUUUUCUACAGAUAGAAGAAUAACCUGCAGGUAACACAAUGGCAUUAAGAGGACUAGAUAUAAGACAUGUCAUUAGGUCACAAGUGAGAAUAAUAUUUGGGGAUCGAAAAAACAUUUCUUGCCACUAAUACUGCUGGGAUCCUGACAAUUUAAAACAUGUUUCAUGUUUUCUAUUUUAUUAAAUUACAGUUCCAGUUUUCACCACUAGUGGCCUCCCUAGCCUCUAGUCACCUCAGUCUCUCUCACCUGCAUAGCAUGUUAAUUCAAGUCUGCUAUAAAAAGCUAAACCCAACUCAUCACAUGGCCUUCACAUUGAGAGAAGUGGUGUUCUGAACCUGACAUGUCUUCUGCUCCUGGCUCUUUCUAAAGGACACAUGCUCCACCCUUGCUUACCUUCAACCAUCCUGAUUUAUUCCAACCUGAUCUCCAAAACAAACCUGCUUUCUUUCUUUACUGGACUUUGUUUUCAUAUUGAUUUGGUUCCAACCUACCUGGAUAUUAUAGACAUUCUUAUCAUUUGCAAGUAUCCUCAAAGACCCUGAAACUACAGUUCUGAUUUCAAACCAAAGAGGCUGAUCACCUCAAUUGCUGCUUUAAUCUGUUUUACUUUAUCCUUUAUAUUCCUGUUUAGUUUUAUCUAAAUUGUUUCCCUGUUUUGGAGCAUAUUGCCUAAACUUCUAUUUCCAUACUCACCUGUAAUUCUGUUUCUAUGUUCUGCUUUCUCCCUUUGUCUUUGUAAUACAUUUUCCCUCUUUCUCGUGUUAUUCUUAUUGUUACCUUUGUCUAACCAUGUCUAAUAACUCAAAUGAACUACCUGAAGUCAACCCCGGCACGAGUCUCUUGUCUGACCUGAUAAGAACCAUGAGAUGGGGUCUCUAUUACACAGUAAGGGUCACACUGGUGAAUCCUGAGUGACUAGGGAAUAUUUAAUUUCUGUAUCACUUUUUUUUUUUUCUUUUUCUUUUUAAAUAAGUGUUAUGGAUGUUAUGUUUGGUUUACAUGCAACUUAAUUUAUGGUACAAAGCCUAGGAUGUUGUCUAUUGCAAGAAGGUCAGCCAGUUGCAUUUGCGUCCAGAGUGCACUCUUCAGCUGAGCAAAAUUGUACUCAAAUUGAAAAGGAAUGUUUAAGCAUUGUUUUUUCCCGGUCAGCGUUUCCAUCAUUAUCUCUAUGGCCGGAAUGCAAUCAAAGCUGAAACUGAUCACAAACCGCUAAUAGCCAUAUUCAAGAAGCCGCUUUUAUGUGCUCCAAAGCAUUGCAGAGCAUGAUGCUUACAUUGCAGGAUUACAAUGUCAAUGUUGUGUACAAGCCAGGAUGUGAAAUGUACAUCAGUGACACCCUAAGCAGAGCUACAACGGAACACGUGGCACCUGGAGGUGAGCAUGAGCAUCUUGCAGUUUGCUACAGCAGGAACAGAAUUUCUUUGCCGAAGUUAAUCAAGCAGACUAUCUUAAUGUCACAUGAGAUACCUACAUGUCCUUGGCAGAUUGUCAGCAUGGACUUAUUCAACUAUGCUGGAAAAGAGUACCUGCUCUUAGUCGAUCAUUACUCAGACCUCUGGGAAAUUGAACUGCUUCCUGACCUGUCCACUGAAACUACAAUUAAGCGAUGCAAGGUGCAAUUUGCACAUCAUGGCCAACCAACUAAAGUGAUUUCUGAUAAUGGUCCUCUGUUUGCAAGCUUACAGUUCAGGAAAUUUGCUACUGAAUGGGAGUUUGCGCAUGUGAUGUCUUCACCACAUCAUCCAGAAGCUAAUGGCAAAGCUGAAUCUGCUGUGAAAAUAGUGAAGAAUUUGUGCAAAAAAGCAAAGUGAUGGUAAAGACCCAUGGAAAGCCAUCUUACAUUGGAGAAAAACUCCAACCGAGGGUAUGGAUAGUAGUCCGGCACAGAGACUGAUGUCAAGGAGAUUAAAGACCUCCUUACCAGUAGCCAACAAGCUACUUAAACCCUCUGUGAUACAAGGUCUACGACUUAAGAGACAAGUGUUCAAGGCAAGAUAUGACUCAUCUGCUAGGGAUUUACCUGAACUGAAUAUUGGGGGACAAAUCCGUAUGAAACCGCUUCCUGGAGAUCGAACAGGUCCCUGGAGAAUGAGAACCUGUCUGCAAAAGGUUACACCAUCCACUAUCUUGUGGAUAUCGAAGGAACUCCAUACCGACGCAAUCGUGUGGAUCUGCGAGUGGCCGAGAAGCACGAUUCUCCAUAUCCAUUUGACAAGCCAGACACACCUGGUAUUCCAAGGACACACUCACAUGUUGUUAGUAAAGAGUGUACAGAAGUGAUACCACAGACUAGUACUAACGACAGCCCUGAGCAAGCAGGGCCUGACCGCAGUAAAGUUCAAAGCAUGCCAGUAAGGGGUGGGAAAAGUCUAGUAACCUCAGAGAGGGGGCUAAAAGACUACUUGCACAACCUGGACCAGUCUUCACUUGUAGUGGCAGACAUUCACAACCAGCUGAGAGACUUAACCUCUAGAAUGUUAUUACAAGGACAGUGAUUUGGAUUCCAAAUUUCACAAUGUUAAUUUAUUAAUACUAAAAGAGGGAGAUAUUAUGGAUGUUAUAUUUGGUUUGCAUGCAACUAACUCUAUGGUUUAUUUUCUAUUGCACUUGUUUCCUGUUGGGGUGUGUACUUCCUUCCUGUAUCUCCUGAAACAUGGUUGCUAUACGUGAAUAGCUUGCAGUGUCUUUAUUUAUAUCUCCUGAAACAAUAGCCUAAAAACCAAGAUCUUUUAUUUGCUGACAUUUGGAUAUUUUGGCUCCCAAGGCAGCAUCGUGACAGGAGCUCGAAGACAUUAACCACGUGGUCUGCAGCUCUGCACCUGUCAGAGAUGCAGUCCAGAUGGCUACCGGACCACCGGACCACCAGGGAAUUCCAUAGCUAAGGUAAUUAGUGUGGGGAUGCUGGUUACUGAAACACAGCCUCCCCAAACACUGUCACCCCCUCCCACACACUAUCACUGCAACCCCCUUCCACACAGUCAACCUCACAAUGUCACACCUCCCUCUCACUGUCACCCCCACAUACACACUGCACCCCCACUCACGCAGUCACUCUCCCACAUAAUGUCACCCCUAUCACAAACUGUCAAUCCCCCAGACAUAGUCAUCCCCUCCCACACACUGUCACUGGCACCCCCUCCAACACCGCUACCCUCUCGCACACACUGUUACUGUCACCCCUCCUACACACUGUCACCCAUUCACCCAGCCACAAUCUCACCUGCCCUCCCUCCUCCAACCAUGCCACAUUCACCCCAACCUUGUGAUACACCCCCACCAAACAUGCCACUCACCCUGCCAAAUUAACCGCUCCAAUCAUGUCACUCAUCCCACAACCAUGCCACACUUGCCCUGUCACACUUCCCCUUCCAACCAUGCCACAUUCACCACAAGCAUGCUAAAUUCACUCAGUCACAAUAACCCUCCCCUAUUCCUAUCACUUACCUACUCUUGCCCUGUCACACACUCCCUUCCAGCCAUGUCACACUCACCCUGCCACAGUUACCCUGCUACUCACCCUGUCACUCACCAGCUGAAGACAUUCAUCAUAAACACAGUCAUGAAACAUAGCUUUGCCAUAAACACAAUACACAAAGGCUUUAGGCAGCCCCCAAACACACAACCCAAGCAGCUACCCUACACACAGACGGUCCCAGACACAAGCUCACAGACAUACAUUCACACACAAGGAUACGUUGUUAGACACACACUCGCAUACACAGGUAGACCAUGCCAGAAACACUCAAAAAUAUACAAAACCAGCUACGCAUUAUUAUUAUUAUUAUUGCCAUUUAUAUAACGCCAACAGAUUCCGUAGCGCUUUACAAAAUUAUGAGAGGGGAUUUAACUAUAAAUAGGACAAUUACAAAUAAACUUACAGGAACAAUAGGUUGAAGAGGACCUUGCUCAAUCGAGCUUACAUUCUAUAGGAGGUGGGGUGUAAAACACAGUAGGACAGGAGCAUUAUGACUGUAUGUCUGUAUUUGUCAGUAUGUGUGUCUCUAGGCAUCAGUGUGUAUGAGUGUAUCAGUGUGUAUAUAUAUAUAUAUAUAUAUAUGUGUGCAUGUAUUAGUUUGUGUCUAUGGCUGCAAUGUGAGGGUGGUAAAGCAUGGGCUAUGGAAAGGUAAAUUGGCAACUUAUAUAAUUUAUAUAUACACAAAUUAAAAGCCCAAUCAAAACUUUCAUAUUUGUUUCCAUCACCCAGUGCACACUGUCACAUAUGUAUACACUGUCACAAUUAGCAUAAUUGCAAAUUCAAUUUGUUUAUUGCAAAUUAAUUUUGUUUGCAAGAUAUGCUAGAACUACUGUGAUAGAGCUCACAAUGCAGUGGCACAGGGAGCGCAGAAAUUGCAAGCCUCUGAACGAUGAAUACAGAGACUAGCUUACUGUAGCCAGCUCUGUAAGCCCACCCUUUAUUAAAGCUAUAGCUCCAUAUACACACACAAUGCAACCCCUGUUUUUUCACUUUGGGUGUUAGUGGGGGGCCUCAUGUUUGAAUUUCGCUUAAGGCUUCACAAAGUCUAGAGCCGCCACUGGGUGUAAUAUGCAGUGUGUGUAUAACUGUAUUAUAGAGUUCCACAGUAAUGUGCAAUACACAAGUGUAUUAUAGAGAUUUGAAAUAAUGUGCUGUAUAUAUGAGUGUAUUAUAGAGCUCCGCCAGUGGCACACUGAGGUGGCCCAUCAGGUGACUCAUGCAUUUAGGUUCACCCAAUAGGCAUGUAUCUUCAGAGGCAUGGUCAUGUGCUGAGGCCUUUUAACAGCACGAUCAGGCCCCAUUAAUAAUGGCAGCUUUGGGAAGAAAUGAGAGGCAGCUAACAUUAUCGAGCUGCCUGGGAGAGACAGAGGAGAAGGGCAAGGCAAAGGUUGUGCAGAUUGGGAGAGCCAGCUCCUAACUCUCAACAGCCUUAGCCAGCAGAAGUCACUCUCCUGCACCCAAAAGGUAUGAAAGAGUGUGGCUAAAAAUGUGUACUUUUUUAAUUUUAUGUGUCAUUGUGUGUCUGUGUAUCUGUAUGUUAGUCAGUGUGCAUAUCUUUAUGCGUUUCAGUGUUUGUAUCCGUGUCUGCGUAUCUGUAGAUGUGUAAGUGUUUGUAUCUAUGUAUAUGCGUGUCAGUAUGUGUAUCUGUAUGUGUCAGUGAUUGUAUCAUUGUGUCUGUGUAUCUGCAUGUGUGUACCUGUGUCUAUAUAGCGCGAUAUAUGUAUAUUUGUAGCUGCAUGUGUCAUUCACUCACACAUACUUCAUAGAAAAACAUGAUUAUAUGUAAACAGACAAAGAAUGCUCAGCGUUAAAUACAACCCUGCAAGGAUGUGCAAAUGGUAGAUAUCCAGCUGCCAAAGCAUUGUGGGAGUUGUACAACAGAUGAAGAUCUAUAUUCUAGCUAUCUUUGCAAUAGAGGGGGCCCAAACAAAAUUCUUGCACCAGUGCCCUGUCUAUGUUAGUUCUACCACUGGGCUCCACAGUUCUAUUCUGUACAUAUGAUUGUGUUAUAGAGCUCUGCAGUUAUGUUCAGUAGAUAGUGUAUUAUAGCGCUGUGUUUGAGUAUUACAGAUCUUCACGAUAAUGUGCAGGUUGUAUUAAUUUAACACAGAACAUAAACGGCGCAUUGUUUUUGUUAGCCAUAAUAUAAUCUAGCUGUGCCUCUCCCAAGAUUGAGCUCUGGAUCAGCCCCUAUUUGCCACCUUAACCCAACCUGAAACUUCCUCCCCCCAUACUAAACUGUUAAGGAAUUGUUAAGUGUUGGUCUAAUUGGAACAACCAACUUGAACGAAAUUUUGUCACCUGAAUGUUUUUCAAAAUUGCCGGACAAAUCUUCGGGCUAACGUGCAAGUAGUGACUUAUACACUGACAGGCUUACAGCAACCUCUUUACUAUUGUGUCUAAGUGAUCUACAGUCACUGUAUACUUGUGGUACUAGGUGCCAUUUGUAAAGCAGAGUGUAAGGUUUUUUGUUUUGUUUUUGUUUUAAAUUAAGAUUAGGAGUUAUUUUUUAUUUUUAUUUUUUUUAAAGAAAAGUUAUACUCUGUUAUGCUGGAUUUGCCUGUAUACCAUUUGUUGAUUGUAUAAAAUGUUGCUUCACAGAAGGCUGCUAAACUAUUCAUAUUUGUGUGUUGUAAGGUUCAAGAUCCACCAUGCUUUUCAGCAAGUCAUCGAACAAAGCCGUGACUCCAUAAUACUUAUCUUCAUUGAUGACAUUCCGGAUUACAAACUGAAUCACUGCAUACAGCUUAGAAAAGGAAUGUUUAAGUCUCGUUGCAUCUUGAAUUGGCCAGCUCAAAAAGAACGGGCCAGCGCUUUUCGUGAAAAGCUAAAAAUUGCCCUAGGAUCAAGCAACCUUGUUAAAUAAUUCACAUUUAGAGAAAUGGUGGUUACUAUGUCUUAACAGAUUUUAAGUUUGUAAAAAAUAAAUGUAUUUUAAUAGAAAGCUGUGUAAGGUAUGAAACAAUUACUGUAAAUUGCCAGAACGCUAGGAAAAUGACUUGUGCCCUCAGGAAUUUAGUGAAUUUACUGAAUUAGUUAUUAAUGUAUUAGUCAAAAUAAACAGCUACCAUCGUUUAACAUUCUACUUUUAAGUUUUUUACAAAUGUAUACUAUAUUUAUUUGAGGUAGACUUUUACAUUUGGUUUCAAAUGAAUUGCAAUGUGUUUGAAAUUUGGGCGAUCAAAGGGCCAUCCAAAUUCCAUGACUCUGGAAUGCCAUACAAGAUAUUACGAAACAAUAUAAACAAACAUUGGACUAACAGUUUAAUUUGUUUCGUCAUUUGGAGUUCCGUUCGUGGUGUCAAAAAAAGACAUGCUUUAUGGGAAAAUAGAUGACCGAUGGUUAGAAGAGAACCACUAAAUGUUUUUUUUUUUUCCACAGAUGAAGUGAGAAAUGACUAACAAAUCUUCAUUUAUAUAUUUAGAAAGUAUAUAAUAUAUAAAUAUAGAUUUUUUUUGUGCUCUCCCUUUUUCUUUACUGGUUACGUUUUCUCACUUGAUCUGUGAACCAAAAGGUGGUACAGUGUUAAACAAUAUAAACAAUCUCCAAUAGGAGGAAGUGUGCCCAAUAUUAAGCGCUUCAGGUGAUUAACAUUAAAACAGCAGCUCUAAAGUUAUAAGUGACGCUGGAAUUAUGCCUAAAACAAAUUGGUUAAAGGGACACUAUAGUCACCUGAACAACUUUAGCUUAAUGAAGCAGUUUUGGUGUAUAGAACAUGCCCCUGCAGCCUCACUGCUCAGUCCUCUGGCAUUUAGGAGUUAAAUCCCUUUGUUUAUGAACCCUAGUCACACCUCCCUGCAUGUGACUUGCACAGCCUUCCAUAAACACUUCCUGUAAAGAGAGCCUUUUUUAGGCUUUCUUUAUUGCAAGUUCUGUUUAAUUUAGAUUUUCUUAUCCCCUGCUAUGUUAAUAGCUUACUAGACCCUGCAAGAGCCUCCUAUAUGUGAUUAAAGUUCAAUUUAGAGAUUGAGAUACAAUUAUUUAAGGUAAAUUGCAUCUGUUUGAAAGUGAAAGUGAAACCAUUUUAUUUUUCAUGCAGGCUCUGUCAAUCAUAGCCAGGGGAGGUGUGGCUAGGGCUGCAUAAACAGAAACAAAGUGAUUUAACUCCUAAAUGGCAGUGAAUUGAGCAGUGAAAUUGCAGGGGAAUGAUCUAUACACUAAAACUGCUUUAUUUAGCUAAAGUAAUUUAGGUGACUAUAGUGUUCCUUUAAUGAAUGUUUAUGAUUUGUUUAUGAUCAGUGCAGUUUACCAUAAUGGAGAGUCAUUUGAAGACGCACAAGGUUUUUCAUUAAAGUGAGAAUUCAAGGUACAUUUCAAAUUUAAGGUAAAAGUAGCUGAAAUGGAAAAAUUCUCUAAAUCUGCUAUAUUUUCAGUUAAGCUACUCUGGCUUUAUAUUUGAAAUUCACACUGAAUUAUCUCUUGAGUGAAUAACCCUGACAAUGUAACUAUUGAUGCUGAAAAGUUAAAAGCUGUAUUUGGUUGGUUUUAUUUUUUUUGGUUUUCUUAAAUUAAACAAAAAUGUUGUACACUUUUAAAGUAUGGUGAGAGGAAUGUAUCUAUACCCUUGGAAUAAGUUAUGUCAUCACAUUCAGGUAAAAGUUGAAUACUGAAGGAGAUACAGAUUGUGGUUUGUAAUGCCACUUUAUUAAAUGUUUUAGUAAUUUUAGACACAUUUAAUUGUGUUACACUUUUGUAUGUUAUACAAAUAAACAAUUGUUAUGAUUUUUUAAGAAAUCUGUGACUCCAUAAAUCGCCUUGCACACACAGCUCCAGGACUGAUACACAGGCGAUUGAUUAGUGCAUGUGAGACUGCUUUGAAAAC